AUGGCUUCUACUACUAGUCCUGUGCGGGCUCCUGUCCUUGCCAUGAGUGCUUCUGAGUUAAUUGGAAAUACUCCCUUGGUGCGAUUAAAUAAGAUUCCGCAGAGUCUUGGUAUCGAAGCAGAAGUUUACGCAAAGGUCGAACUCUUCAAUGCUGGUGGAAGUAUCAAGGAUCGUAUUGCGCUUCGCAUGAUUGAGGAGGCGGAAAAGUCUGGUAGAAUAAAGCCUGGAGAUACCCUUAUCGAGCCAACCAGUGGAAAUACUGGUAUUGGACUUGCUCUUGUUGGUGCCAUUAAAGGUUACAAGACAAUCAUCACUCUCCCUGAAAAAAUGUCACCGGAAAAGGUCGCUGUUCUACGGGCACUUGGAGCCACUAUCAUUCGUACACCAACUCAAGCAGCAUGGGAUGCACCAGAGUCUCAUAUUGGGGUUGCAAGACGCUUGCUAAAAGAGAUUCCAAACUCCCACAUUCUAGAUCAAUAUGCCAACGAGAACAACCCCCUCGCACACGAAUUUGGAACCGCCGAAGAAAUUUGGAAGCAAACAGAUGGAAAGAUUACUGCCGUUGUUGCAGGAGCUGGUACAGGUGGAACUAUCACUGGAUUAUCUAAGGGUCUAAAAAAGCACAACAAAGAUGUCAAAAUCAUUGCAGCAGACCCCCAUGGAUCUAUACUUGCAGUUCCAGAAAGCCUGAACCAAGAACACGCCAACGAAUCUUACAAGGUUGAGGGAAUUGGUUAUGAUUUCAUUCCUGAUGUCUUAGACCGAGAUUCUGUUGAUGUGUGGUACAAGACUGAUGAUCGUGAAUCUUUCGCCUACGCACGUAGACUGAUUGCCGAAGAAGGCCUGUUGGUCGGGGGCAGCAGUGGUAGUGCUAUCGCAGCUAUGGUCAAGGGAGUUCGUGAAUUGGGACUUGGUAAAGGUGAUACCGUGGUAGUCAUCCUACCAGAUAGCAUCAGAAGUUACCUUAGCAAAUUUGCCGACGAUGACUGGCUAGCGGCUAACGAUCUCCUUCCUCCUACUCCUGAGUCAUCCACUCCAGCAUCUCCUGUCGUCGAGGCUCAAUCCAAGAAAGAUCCAUAUUCCGGAGCAACUCUUCGAUCACUUCGCCUCAAGCCAGUCACAUCCGUGCUAGCCAACUCCCCCUGUUCCGAAGCGAUCGAAACCAUGCGCGAAAAAGGAUUCGAUCAACUCCCCGUCCUCGCCCCCAAAGGAGACAAACUCGUCGGUCUCGUCACCCUCGGAAACCUCCUCAGUUGGAUUAGUCGCGGCCGCGCCACCGGCAAAAGCCCCGUUUCAGAUGUCAUGUUCGACUUCUCUCACAUUCCCGAAGUCAUCACUGAUCCCAAGGAUAUCAGCCACCUUUCUUCACCACCCAAGAGCAACGGUAUCGAAACCACUCAAGAAGGCAAGAAACAAACCACGCCAAAACGCAAAUUCGUAGAAAUCACCCUCGAUACUCCUAUCUCUGCCUUGAGCAAAUUCUUCGAAUGGAACAGCGCGGCCAUCGUCACCGAAAAGGGAAGCGAGAAGAAUGGAUUAUCAAAACCAGUAGCUGUAGUUACAAAGGUCGAUUUAUUGAGUUGGAUGGUAAAGCAAACGAAGGUUUAA